GGGGACCGUGGGGAGCCCGGAGCCCCCGGUCCCGCUGGAUUUGCCGGACCCCCGGGCGCCGACGGGCAACCGGGUGCCAAAGGCGAGCAGGGAGAGCCCGGGCAGAAGGGUGACGCCGGUUCCCCUGGUGCCCAAGGCCCCUCUGGAGCCCCUGGCCCACAGGGUCCAACUGGUGUAACUGGUCCCAAAGGAGCCCGGGGUGCUCAAGGACCCCCUGGAGCCACUGGAUUCCCCGGAGCUGCUGGACGCGUCGGACCCCCCGGCCCUAACGGUAACCCAGGCCCCCCCGGGCCCCCCGGCUCCGCUGGCAAGGACGGUCCCAAGGGUGCUCGAGGUGAUGCCGGACCCCCGGGCCGUGCCGGGGACCCCGGGCUGCAGGGCCCCGCCGGCCCCCAAGGGGAGAAGGGAGACCCCGGCGAGGACGGUCCCGCGGGUCCUGACGGGCCCCCGGGUCCCCAAGGCUUGGCGGGACAGCGCGGCAUCGUCGGCCUGCCCGGGCAGCGUGGGGAGAGGGGCUUUCCUGGCCUGCCGGGGCCAUCG